CGGACGAAGGUCCUGCUUGAGCGUGCGUGGGCAAUCCAGGAGCAGCACUAUGGGAAAGCACAUCCCGAAGUAGCAGUUACUUUGACAAAUUUGGGCAAUGCGCAUGGAGACCUGCGCGGCUACUGGAGGAAGAAGGUCCUGCUUGAGGGUGCGUGGGAAACCCAGGAGCAGCAUUACGGGAAAGAACAUCCCGCCGUAGCAGUUACGUUGACAAAUUUGGGCAAUGCGCAUGGAAAACUGGGCGGCUACUGGAGGAAGAAGGACCUGCUUCAUCAUGCGUUGGAAAUCCAGGUGUGCGAACAUGUGGUGAAGCGAUUGUUCGACAGUGGGAUGUACAGGUAGCAUCUCCUGAAGAGGUCAACAGGGGUAGAGAAGUGUUGAACGAGAGCUCCAAACUUGAGGUCCAUCUUUCACCUUUGCUCAUGGAAGAAUGAUGGAAACAUUGAAUACACGUUUACUGUAUCCACUGUUGAUUGAUGUCAGUGUAGUUUUUGAAGUGUUCACUGUUAUUGUUCACUGUUAUUGCACAGGUGCGCGAUCCUCUACAGUCUUUGUUGGAGGAGGCGACGUGGAUGCAUUGCAUCCACUCUAUACUGUCGUCAACACUUCCAGUUUCUGUGUCAGCGUGUUUUUAUGCACACAAAAGUGUCUUUUCUUCUCAACAAGUUCAGCAAGAAAGCGCUACGUCUUUGCGUUCAGUGCUCAGAGAAUUUCAUUUUACUUAGCCAAGUUUUGUUGGGCACAGUCAGCGAAAAUGGAGAUAUGAUGUAAGCCACGAAAUGGUAACGCCCAUUGGCUAUCAAGAUGUGGGCAGUCCAACCAUAUCUCACCUUACCUCCCAGGCAUAUGCCUGUCUUAAGAUGCGGCAUUCAGAUCAUGUCCUGAGACAGUUUGUCAUUGGAUACAGUUGGAAAAAACCAUGACUUGGCACAUCGCACGCCACAGAUGCAACUUCAGCACUUUUGCUGCCUUGUCGCAUUCUUAGGCAACCACAUGACACCAAGUGUUGCUCUUUGCUGCGCAGAUGCAAGAAAGUUGCAGAAAUAUGUUGUAUAUGAUUGUGGUUUUGACUCUCAGCUGUGUCUGAAGCUUUAACUUUAACCAUCCAUCCACAUCCUGCAGACUUGGCCCAUUUCUUCAGCUUCGUUGCACUCAGGUUGAACUCCUCCCUGGUCAUCGCAUCGCUCUUGUAAAAAAUGGAGCAUGCAUGGCAGAAUUAACGUGAACGCAAUGAUUUCCAACAUGUCAAGACAAGGGAAUCUGUUGGAAAAGUCAAUGGUGCGUGAGUCGGACCCAAAGUUGUUUUCCUGUUUCGAGAUGGUGCUUCUUUGCAGGUGCUUGUUGAUUCUUGUCUGUUAGGAUUUGGGCUCCUGAAUGUGAACAUCGGUGUGUAGCAG